UUAAAAGAAAAUUGGAAUAUUUAAAUACAGCUCAUCAUAAACUGAUUUUUAUGGUUUUCAAGAAUAACUUAAGUAAACUUAACUUAUAAGAGAUUAUAAAUGAAUCUUGGAGGAGCAGUUAAAGUUAAUAAAUGUGCAGUGAUAACAUUUAUAGGCAUCGUUUUAUUUAUUAUCUAUGUCCUUUCUGCAACUUCAUCAACAAUAGAAAGUCUUAAGAAGUCUAGCAAAAAUGAAGUAAAUUUAAGAAAAUUAAUUAUAGGACUAAUAUUAGCUGCAAAAUCGGGUGGCAAUCAAGUCAUUAAAAUAUCAAAUGAGCCAGAUUUUGGCGGUGUAAAAACAAAAGGAAAAACUCAAGAAGGAGUCAAUGACUACAUUACUUUAGCGGAUGUAAAUUCACAUUGUCAAAUAGCUUAUUCACUUUGGCAUAUAUUUCCAAAUCUUAAUUUAAUAUCUGAAGAAGAUGUCCAAAAGAAAAAUUGUCCAACAGAUCUAGAUUUCUUUGAUUUAGAUCCAUCAGUUCUUGGAAAUGUUCAAUUGCCUGACAUUCAUGUUCCCGCACAAGAUCUAACAUUAUGGAUUGAUCCGUUAGAUGCAACCAAAGAGUUUACAGAGAAACUCUUCCAAUAUGUAUCAGUAAUGAUCUGUGUUGCUGACAAAAAAGGAGAGGCUAUUGCUGGUGUUGUAUAUUUCCCUUUUAGUAAGAGACUCUAUUGGUCUUGGAGAGGACAUGGAGUGUCUGAAAAUUUAGCUAAUAUUAAAGCUGAUCUUGAUGAUAACGUCCAAAAUCCGAUAGCUAUAGUGUCGCUAAGCCAUGCAGGCAAAGUUAAAGAUCUCGCCAAAAGUAUGUUGGGUGAAAAGACUUCAAUCAUUGGUGCCGCUGGCAGUGGUUAUAAGAUUGUUCAAGUGUUGGAAGGAAAUGCCACAAUUUAUUUGCAUAACACAAGGAUAAAGAAAUGGGACUUAUGUGCUGGAAAUGCUUUGAUAAAUUCUGUAGGCGGCAGAAUGGUGACUCUUAAGCGUGACAAGAUAUCUUACAGUGCGAAUUCAGAUCAUUUAGUAGAAGAUGGCUUGUUAGUAGAGAUUAAUAAUCAUGUAGUUAAUAAAACGUAAUUCCAGUGUAUUUAAUCUAAGGAAAAUAAAAGAAAGGCUUUAUUUUUAACAUCUUUUAA